ACCACAAUUGACAGGGUCGGAAAACCUGAGGUCGCAGCCUCGAGAACCGUCGAGACUCAGUCGUUCUGUCACCACCUCCGAACUACCCGCCAACCACCGCCCGCAGGACGUGCGAUUGACCGGCCGCGGCGCCCCCUAAGCACCAUGGCCUCCCCGUCGCACUACAUCCAGCUCGCCAAGUCGCUGCCCGCACCGCUGCAGCGCUUCUUCGCCCGCUACCCGCCGCCCGCCAUCCUCCCCGAGGCCGCCCCCAAGACGCACUACCAGGAGUCCCGGGCGAACCCCUUCCGAUUCUACAAGCACCCCGUGACGGGCCGAUGGCAGGACCCCGUGUACUCGCAACGCCGGCAGGCAGAGCUGGUCAAGAUGGCGCGGGAGCACGGCAUCGAGGAGCUGCUGCCCGAGACACGCAAGGGCACCGAGUACCGCCUGGCCCAUCGCGUUGAGCACGGAUUGAGAGUCAAGGGUACCGGUGUGGGACAGAAGGUCAAGGGUCACAUCCACGAGCGACACAUGAUUGCCAAGUACGUGGACCAUGCCGCAGCUGGGAGGCUGCGGAUUUUGUUGGAGUGGCCGUGGCUAACUAUGAACCAGGAUGGAGAAGCGAAGAAAGGCCAUGCUGGAUAUGCCCAAGCUCAUCAAGGCCUGGAAAAAGGCAAGUUAAAAUCUGCGAAUGAUGUAUCUGAUCAUUCGGUUCGCAAUGCUAACUGACAAUUCGCAGACUGGCAAGCACGGCUGGACCAAGUUCCCGAAAUAAAGAGAGCGAUGAGAGAAUGGACAAAAAACGGCUUUGGCGCACCUGUACAUGUACCAUGUAUUUCUAUGUACAAGAAUCUCUAUGAACGUCUUGUCGAAAGAUUUUUACUACGCAUUACCUGGAUACGAUGGCCUUUACCCGAUCCGCUUAAAUGACAGACACGAAUGCAUGCCCCCUUACGGAUGGCGAAGUUUGGUAGCUUAGGCUAACAUGAACAUCCUGAUGGAGGCAAUUAUAAGCCUAGAGAAAUCCAAAUGCCCUUUACUAGAGGCUCUCUUCUCAAUGCAUCAUGUCCAUGUAGACAGCUUCCUCC